AUUACUUUUCCUCGUUUCAACUAAAUUUCAAACUCCUUCUCAUGGGGAAAAUAAUAUGGCUCUUUGGGCUUUUGAGUAUAUCAAUUGUUGGUACAAAUUCUCUCCUUGGAUACGAAUAUGAAAAUUAUGACUAUCCAACGAUUACUAUGGCCAGAAAUGCUUCCAUGUACGAUGGAAUGCCGUUCACUGCGGAAAUGUGUGCAGCUUCUGAAUGUGAAUUGCACAAAGGUUGGACGUCGGAAGAAAAAUGUGCAUAUAUCAAAUGUAAUCAAGAUUCCUGUGAAGGCGGUGGAUACCUUACAUGGUCCCAUUAUGUCAAGUGUCAGUACAAUAUUGGAGCUAGGGUCGUCUUAAUCAUCGUUGGAAUCAUAUAUCUCAUCUUCCUUUUUGUUGUUAUGUCAACCAUCGCUGAUGAUUUCUUCUGUCCUUCUAUUUCUGGAAUUGUAACUCAUCUAAAAAUGAGUGAAUCUAUAGCGGGUGUCACAUUUCUGGCGUUUGGAAAUGGAGCUCCAGAUGUUUUUGGAUCUAUUUCAUCUGUUUUAUCAACUCCUAAACCCAAGGCUGCCCUGGCUCUCGGUGAUUUAUUUGGUACAAGUAUUUUUGUUACUACUGUGGUUCUUGCCAUCAUUAUUUUUACAAAAUCUUUUAAAGUUGCCAUUAUUCCAACUCUUCGAGACUUGAUUUUCUACAUGAUCACUCUUGCUUUCAUUACAUUCUGUUUCUUGAAAUUUGACAAGAUUGAAGUUUGGAUGCCAGCAACAUUCCUGGGAAUCUACGCAGUUUAUUUGUUGACUGUAAUCGCUUUCAGUAUCUACCGUACUCGGCGGAAGAACUUGAAAAAGAAGAAGCAGCUGGAAAGUGAAAAAGAUGAUGAAUCGGCCAUUUCCCGACCAGAAAGUGUUGCCUCUAACAUGCCAAUCUGUGAAAAGUUGGAAAAGAAAACGGAGAGCAUGUCCGUCUCCACUUUGUUUCAUGUUAUGGUUGGACUAUCUCGAUUCAUGAAGAAAUUGAACAGAACCAACAAGAUACAAUCCAUCGAAAAUAAGAAGCAAGGAUUUGUGAAUGAAGGGUUCAGUGAAAGUUUGGAUGCAGAUGAGCUUACACUGAAGCGCAACAGAAUGAUUUCAUUGAUCUUUAGAAAUAAAACCUUAGACACUGAUCUUGAAAGUAUGAAAACUCUUGAUGAAAUGGAAAGCAGCGAUGAUGAAGGAAGAGAAGAAGAGUUCGCGUAUGCUCAUCAUACAGUCUUCACUUCUCACGAUCAAAUGAGUUUGGCUGCUACUGAAUUUGAGUUCCGAGAGCUUACAACAUGGAGAUCUCGAGACUGGAUCAUCGAUCUUCUUUAUCACCUGAAGCCAUGGCCAUCACGUGAGGAGUUCAGCGAGAUGAAUAUUUUUGUGAAGAUUAUCAUGAUCAUCAGAAUUAUUCCAUCAUUCUUUAUGAAAAUGACAAUUCCUUCAAAUGAAAUGAGCUGGUGCAAGCCCCUAUUUCUUCUUCAUUGCUUCGCUUCAAUUCAAUUUGCGUUAUUUUCUAUUCAAAUAAUCAACUUGAAGCCAUUCGACGGGAGCCCUGGCCUCUGGCUCUACGGACUCGCAUUUUCCGCAACCAUUGCUUUGUUGGCUCUAUGCUUUCUCCCACUCAACAAAGAGUUAAAAUACCACAAGGAAGUAUACUCGUACCUUGGUUUUCUUAUGUCAAUAGCAUGGAUCUACGCAACCGCAAAUGAAAUUAUUAGUGUAAUGACAAUGGUCGGUGUCGUGACUGGAUUGUCGCAAGAAUUGUUGGGAUUGACUGUGAUGUCAUGGAGUGAUUGCAUUGGGGAUAUUGUCGCGGAUAUUGCGGUUAUCAAGCAAGGAUACCCAAAGAUGGCUAUGGCUGCUGCAAUUGGAGGCCCGCUUUUCAACUUGCUCAUUGGAUUCGGACUCCCAUUCACUAUUGCUUCCGCGCAAGGAAAACAAAUUGACCUUAUUAUCAAUCCAGUAUACCGUAUUCUUCUCCUCUUUCUUGGAAUCUCUCUUGUCACAACAUUUGUGGCACUUUUCAUCGAAAGGUUCACCGUGAGAUGGCCCCACGCAGUUGCUCUUAUUUUCAUUUUCAUCAAUUUUGUGAUUUUUGUGUGUCUUGCCGAGUUCCACGUUCUCGAGUGGAAUUAGAUAUUAUAGGAAUCAGUUUGCCUACGCAUCUUCCCCCCAAAAGUUAGCAUGUCUCUAAAACGUGUAUUUGUUGUGAUUGAUCCUCAGAAACCCUGUCUUCCCAAUUGUAGUUUUAAUUUGAAAUUUUUUGCCAUUGUGAAAUAAAAUAAAGUGUACAGAUUUA